AAUCCGCGGUCACACUGAUUGUUUUGUGCAGGAAACUCAAAACUCUAAAUAAAAUGCAGGAGUUCUUUAGCGUGCUUUUGCCAGAUGUUAAAAAGGAGUUGCGGCGCGGAAUUAUCGAGUGCUCCAAGCGAGGACUCCUGCACAGCACCAAGUGGCUGGCAGAGAUGCACCAUGGCCUCAGUGAUGUACAAAUUGAUAAUGAAGCCCCCGAUGACGACCACACAUUCAGCCAGUGCCAGUUGGAGGGCAUAGCUCCUGCGGAGUACAGUGACUACUUCCUGGCCAAAAGCUACUACGAUGUGCGCGAGUACGAGAGGGCAGCGCAUGCCGUGAGGAACUGCGAGUCGAGUGUGCCGCGCUUCCUCCACUUUUACUCGACCUAUCUGGCACGUGAAAAGCGACGGCUGGACUCCACCACCGACCAAGCCAAUCUCAACGAGCCAAACCAGAUGCGUGAUUUGGCCGAUCUGCUCGCGACACUGAGAGCGGAGUACGGUAAGAGCCGCCUGGAUGGAUACGGGAUUUACCUAUAUGGAGUGGUUCUAAAAGCCCUCAAUCUGAACCAAGCUGCUGAACAAAUGCUGGUCCAUGCCAUUCGUCUAGUCCCCAUGCUGUGGAGUGCCUACCUGGAGCUCUCCCCGUUGAUAAUGGAGAAAAAAAAGCUGCUCGGGCUGCAACUUGGCGGGCACUGGAUGCGACACUUUUUCAUGGCUCACACCUACCUCGAGCUGUACCUCAACGAUGAUGGCUUGAAGAUCUACGAGGACCUGCAGACGUCGGGCUUCAGUAAAAGCAUUUAUUUGAUUGCUCAGAUGGCCCUAGUCUAUCACAAUAAGAGGGAUGUGGACAAGGCCAUCGAGCUGUAUCAGGCUCUGCUGGAGAGCGAUCCCUACCGACUGGACAACGUGGAUACCUACUCCAAUUUACUUUUUGUCAAAGAAAUGAAAACGGAAAUGGCACAGCUGGCACACAAGGCCGUCAGCAUCAAUAAAUACCGACCGGAGACAUGUUGUGUGAUAGGAAACUACUACAGCAUACGCUGCGACCAUCAGGUGGCCAUAUCCUACUUUCAGCGCGCAUUGAAGCUGAAUCCCAAAUACCUCGCUGCCUGGACUCUGAUGGGCCACGAGUUUAUGGAACUCAAAAACACAAACGCUGCCAUACAGAGCUACCGCAAAGCAGUGGAAGUUAACAAGCGCGACUAUCGGGCGUGGUAUGGCCUGGGGCAGGCCUAUGAGAUCAUUAAAAUGCACUACUACAGCUUGUACUACUUCAAAAUCGCCCACCAACUACGCCCAUAUGACUCCCGCAUGCUGGUAGCCUUGGGAGAGACCUACGAGAAGCUGGACAAGUGCGAGAACGCCGUAAAGUGCUACUGGAAGGCCAUAGACGUGGGCGACAUCGAGGGCAUAGCCAUGUACAAGCUGGCCAGUCUCCACGAGAAGCUAGGCGACCACGAAACGGCGGUCCAUUGCUACAUCAUGUAUUGUGAGGAUGAGCGGGCAGCCACAGACAAGCAGAGUCUGUACCAAGGCUUCAUCACUCUCGCGAACUACUACGAGAAAAAAGGGGACUAUGAAAGGGCAGCCUACUAUGCGUACAAAUGCUUGGACUCUGAUGAACGUAAGACGGAGGCCAAGGCGCUGCUUAAGACAAUUGACUGGAAGCGCAGUGCCGAGUGGCAGAAGAAGUCAAAGACUCCCUCUGCUGUGGCCACUGCCGAGACGAGCUCCGAGGAGGAGCAGGAGGAGGAGGACAUGGAGUGGGAGGUGCCAGAUAUGCGUGUACGCGUGCCCUUCACCUCCAUAGCGACAACGACCACCUCCACGACGGCUACGGCCGCUGGCUCCAGUGGCGCAUCAAGCAGCUUACGUGCGGGCCGAUCUCUGUCGGAGGGGAUGCGUCGAACGCAUUCCAGCCGUGCAAGUCUGACACCAGCAGCGAGCAGUACCACCACUACAACGACAGCGACCGUGACCACACCGGCGGUUGAGGAGACGCCUGGGACGUCGGGGAGCCGGGCAGAAAAUCCCUCCGAGCGACCACCCUCGGAUGAUGCCAGCUCCAUGGACAUAUCCAGUGUGUCUAUUGACUAGGUUACACCCCGGCGAUGCUCUUCUCCACUUGUAGAAAUACUUUAUUUUCAUGAAUUACAUUGGAAAACUAAGAAAUUGUACUUCACG